CAAUGAACAACACAUUCAUUCCACCCCUUAAUGGCACGUCAUAGCGACACAGUCUCUAUGCCGCCACCGACCCGAUAAAGAAAGCGAAAUGUUGUAAUUGGAUUAUAACAAUUUUCCCCCUCUCAACUACUUUGCAUAUCCAGCGGUGCUCAUAGUCAUUGUCUUGACUUGUACUUGAUGUAUUUUCUGUUAGUUAUAAUGUAGAAUUUGGUGGGAAUAGAAAAAUAAAAUGCAUUUUCAGCAAAUAUUAUCGCUUGGUGCUAUUAUCAUUGCCUUAUUGGCAUUUUUGUGGUUUGUAUUUGUACCGUUAUUUGGCGAGAGUACACCGAACGAGCUCACUCCACAAGCAGGCUAUGCUUUCGAUUAUGUUGUGGUUGGUGCUGGUACUGCGGGUUCGGUGGUGGCAUCACUGCUCACCAAGCACAGUCCUAGCUCAUCAGUGCUGCUCAUUGAAGCUGGUGAGUCUUUUGGUGUGCUUAGUAAAAUUCCUCUACUGGCAACCUUUCAGCAAAAAGGACUCAACGAUUGGGGAUUUCUUUCCGAGCCACAAGUUUAUUCCUCACGUGGCCUUGUAGAACAGCGUCAGUACUUGCCACGCGGUAAGGGACUAGGUGGUUCCUCUAUGUUAAAUUACAUGCUCCAUUUCGAUGGCGAACCGCGUGAUUUUGAAAGAUGGGCGACCAGACAUAAUCUUAGCGAUUGGCGUUGGAAGGAUAUACGGCCCUUUCUUACCGCCGUUCGCACACAAACUCAUUCAUUGCUGGAAAUAUCACCGGACUAUUCGAAAAUAACAGAGGCAUUGCACAAAACGAGAAAAGAAUUUUCGAAAAGAAAUUGGCGAUUUCGUCGUGCCAGAUAUACUAUUAAAAAUGGACUACGUUACAAUGUGUACCAUCAGUUCUUGCAGCCGGCUUUGAAACGACGAAAUCUUUACACACUCACCAACGCCUAUCUAAAACGUUUGAAUCUGGAAUAUAUUGACGAGGAACGGAGUGAGGUCAAGACUAUUUUGGUUGGCGUAAUGGACACGAAAAACCGCGAAGAAUAUGUCUUUAGUGUAGAUGUGCGCUGUGAGGUAAUACUUAGCGCAGGCGCUUACCAAUCACCACAGAUACUGUUGGCUUCCGGUAUUGGUGAUGCAUCACUUUUUGAAGAACUAGACAUAAGACAGCAGCUGCAGCUACCAUUGGUGGGGGAAAACCUACAUGAUCACCUAAAUUUGCCACUUUUCGUGUCUAUCGACACCGUCGGCCCAACAUUGAAUCAACGCGCUCUACUCAAUCCAAUACAAAUUUUGAAUUAUUUGGUUAACGGCUACGGACACUUAGGUAAUUUCGGUGUUCUGGGCCACAUUGAUUCCAGCUAUGAGGAAAGUUUUGGUUUGACCUUCUUCGGCGUUGGCGCUGUGGACGAAAGCGCUUUAAUGUCCAUUUCCAACUUCAAUCGAGAAUAUUUCCGUGCGCUGUUUCCACGUUAUCACAACAGUACGCAGGAGGGCUUUGUACUGAUAUCAACGUGCCUGCAGCCUAAAUCUCGUGGCACUGUUAGCAUUGGCGUGCCGAACACUCGCUGGAAACCGAUUAUAGAUCCGAAUUAUUUGCGUGAAGCCAGCGAUGUAGACUGCACAAUCCGUGCUAUACGUGCCGCCGUCGAGGUUGUGAAAUCCGAAAGUUUUGCCGCACUACAUCCGCGCAUACACUGGCCAAAAAUUCCGGAAUGUAAAAAGUAUGGCCCCACUGAGAGAGAUUUCGUCGAUAAUAUGCCUAACGACAGGUAUUUGGAAUGCGUAUUAAGAUACGUAGGGCUGGGUUCACAUCAUCCGGGUGGAACUUGUGUUACGGGCACAGCUGCAAACAACAGCGUCGUGAAUUCACAAUUCAAGGUGCAUGGCGUUGAUAAUCUACGUAUAAUAGAUGCAAGUGUCUUACCGACACCGAUUUCUGGAAAUCCCAACUCGGUUAUUAUUGGCAUGGCCAUUCGAGGAGCCACGAUGAUAUUGCAGAGAGAAAAAUUAAAAAAGAAAAAAUAAUAAAACAAAUGUAGGUGGGAGUGUGUGUAUAUACGUAGAUACCUUAGAGCGCUUCAAAGGACAGUUAGUAAUUCAAAAAACAAUUUUUUCAAGAAACUUCUGACAAAAGUUACGAAUUUGAGUCCAAAAAAUGUAGUAUUUUUUUUUUUAAAUUAUUAUUCAGUGUGUGACAAAAAAAAAGAGCCACCCUAAUCUAGCUUUUGAAUAUAGUAGAAAAAAUUGUAAACAUAAAUGUGUGUUAAAAAAAGAAACAA